UGCUUGACUCAGAUCCUCUUUGCUCUCCACUGUUGCUAGAACGUCCGCCAGCCGGCGCUCUGGAAUCUGUACUCGGAGAGCGGAAGAGGAAGUAGUGUUAUUUCCCACGCUUUUGGGUUCUAGGAAGAGCCAGCCACCAGGAAGGAUUUUGGUUUGAGUGCCUUAUAGGAAAUACUGCAUGAAAUCAUGACCCGGUGGGCUCGAUCAAACGUCACCCACAGUAAGAAGGCUCUGGAUGCGACACCAUGGGAAGAUAUGAAAAACGAUGCUGGAAACAUAAAAAAGGAUGACAGACAGACCUUUGGUAACAAGCUUUCUGUAAAGAGUACCCAGGAGAAGAAGAAAAAUAAGAAGAAAAAAGAUUAUCUGAAUGAAGAUGUCAAUGGGUUUAUGGAAUAUUUGAAACAGAACUCACAAGCGUUACAUAACGGACAGGUGAUCAACAGCCAUGAAGUAAGGGAAGAGAUAGCAACUGCGUUGAAAAAAGACCAGCGUCGAGAAGGAAGGAGAAUAAAAAGACAAGAAGUAAAGAAGAAUGCAAUGGUGUGCUUCCAUUGCAGACAGCCGGGACAUGGAGUUGCAGAUUGCCCGGCUGUACUUGAAAGCCAGGAUAUGGGAACUGGAAUUUGUUUCCGCUGUGGCUCUACAGAACAUGAAAUCAGCAAAUGCAGAGCAAAAAUAGACCCAGCUCUUGGAGAAUUUCCAUAUGCAAAAUGCUUUAUUUGUGGUGAGAUGGGACAUCUCUCACGGUCAUGUCCUGAUAACCCUAAAGGACUCUAUGCACACGGAGGGUCUUGUAGGAUCUGUGGAUCUGUGGAGCACUUCAAAAGAGACUGCCCAGAGAACCAAUCCUCAGAUUGUGUGGUAACUGUUGGACGGUGGAUGAAAGGAAUGAGUGCAGAUUAUCAAGAAACCUUAGAGAGUCCCAAACAGCCAAAACCUAAACAAAAACCAUCUAAAGUUGUUAACUUCUGACACCUUGUUUCUAGCACCAUCCAUGGUAAUGAUUCUCACAGUAUGGCUUAAAGGUGUCAUAAAAACCAGCAGGACUUGGAAAUGCCAUAUCUGAAGUAUUCACCUCACUGAGAUGAUGAGGGUGAAACCCUAAUCUAAAGGGAACUUCCAGGACAAUUUGGUGGGCCAUGGCACAUGCCAAAGAAUAGAAUGACAAUGGAAAGAAAACUGCUCUUCUUAAAAAUUCACUGUCAUGGGGGACAUGAACCAGUUUCUGCUGAUAUCAAAUGGAACUUUAUUAGAUUUAAAUAGCUCUGUGCUGAUUUUCCUGGAAGUUGAAUUAAUACAAUUGUAGAACAACAAUAACAGCAUAAGACCCUUGUAAGAUAUUAAAUUAUAACAGCAGAACUUCUAUUUCUACCUUUUCUAACCUUUGAAACGAGAAUGUACAUUGCUGCGAUCAAGUGCCUACAGUAGACUGGCCCUUGUCUCUUUCAACCCUAUUAUUCUAGUUCAUUAUGAUUGCAGUAGUAAGCACAGUGUAAAACAACUAUUAUUUUUUAAUUUUUUUAAUUAAAUUACACCAUCGUUCUGUU